GAAGCUGGGGAUUGUCAAAGCCUCUUUCCUGGACCUGAUAGGGGAAUCUGGCUGUUUUUAUAUUAAGAAUCUAAUCAGGCUGCUUUUAUAUCAUUCCCAAAAAUAAAAUAAAAAAAUAAAAAAUUAUAGCCUUAAUAUAAAUGGGAAAGAGACGCCUGCAAAAAGGAGACUGCAUUGCAGAGGCUGCAGCUGCUGCAGAAAAAGAACCUUUUCUGCCGAAGACAACAUCGGUGAAUCUUUUCCGGAGAAAUGGAGAACUGGGUCAAGGAGCAUAGUCCAGAGAUUUGUGCCCAGGUUGUGGCACUGGCGGAAGAUUUCCUGCUGAGACAACAGCAGACAGAGCAAUGGGGAAAGCAGGUGGUGACCGAAAAUCUUUCUGACAUGGAGCAACCUCUGUCUGACACAGAACGAGAACAGCGCUUUAACCAGGAGGGAGAGGAAGAUACAGUCUCACUUGGUGAUGGUCAGGUGAGUGAGGAGGAGGAAGAGGAGGAGGAGGAGGAAGAAGAGGACAACCUCCAUCUAGAAGAUUCUGAACCAGAUGAGGUAUCGUUCAGAGGUGACACUUCAUGGAGUAUUUCUCAAUUCCAUGACGUUGGAGAAACAUCUGGAAGUCUUCAGAGCCCACAUAUAAUGGAAGACGGGAGCUACUCAGAGAAAAUAGUGGAUAUUCCCCUCCGAACUUAUGACAAAGGCCACUGGGAUCUGAAAGAACCCAGGAUCCGAGCGAGAAUCUAUAACCAUGGGGGGCUGAAGAUGUGCAUGGACUGUGGGAAAACUUUCAAGCAAAGUUCAAGCUUAUAUAGACACCGGAGACUCCACACUGGAGAGAAACCGUACGGGUGUCCUGAGUGUGGCAAAAACUUCAGCCGGAAGUCGCAUCUCAUUGCUCAUGAGAGGACCCACACGGGGGAGAAACCCUAUGACUGUGCAGAGUGCGGCAAGAGCUUCAGCCGGAAGUCACAUCUCACCACACAUGAGAGGAUCCACACAGGGGAGAAGCCAUAUAAAUGUGGGGAGUGUGGGAAGUGUUUCAGCCAGAGUUCAGCCCUUGUGGCGCAUGAGAGGUCCCAUACUGGUGAAAAGCCAUUCACUUGUCCCGAUUGCGGGAAGAACUUUCAUCGGAGGUCAGGGCUUUCAGCUCACGAGAGAACCCACACGGGAGAAAAGCCAUACAGGUGCACAGAGUGCGGGAAAAGUUUCAGCCAAAGCUCAGGCCUUUUGGCCCAUGAGAGGACCCACACAGGAGAGAAACCCUACCGAUGUACCGAGUGUGGGAAAAGUUUCUGUGAGCGCACUGCUCUUGUGAGACAUUUGAGAACUCACACAGGGGAGAAACCGUACACUUGUGCCGAAUGCGGGAAGAGCUUCAGCCAGAGCUCAGGUCUUUUGGCGCAUGAACGUACCCACACUGGGGAGAAACCAUACAAAUGUUCAGACUGUGGGAAAAGCUUUGGGCACCGCUCUGAUCUUCUCAGACACCAGAGAAUCCUUAAAAGAGGAAAGCCAUACAAAUGCUCAGAGUGUGGGAAAUGUUUUGGCCGGGGUUCAGAUCUCCUCCAGCAUCAACAAAUCCACACAGGAGAGAAACCGUAUAAAUGCUCCUAUUGUGGGAAGUGUUUCAGUUGGCGGUCGAACCUUAUUAAACAUGAGAGAAUCCACACAAGGGUGAAAACAUUGACUUGUGCCGUCUGAGUAUGAAAAUUCCUGCCUUCGUAUAUAAAGGAGUCACUGUGCCAAAUCUGUUGACUAUAGAAAUUUUAACUACAGUCGGAAAGUCACUGCUUGCUGCCUGUCAGUAACUGUUUGGAAGAGAGUCUAAAGAAAAAAGAAUUGUGAUUUCAAAAAUAAUUUCAGGUUUGGGUGAUGCUGAAAAAGAAAUACAUAGCCACUGAUUUAGUAAACUCAUACCCGUAAUUCUCUUAUAGUCAUGAGAAUGACUCCAGAGAAUAUGGUGCAGCAGGAUAAAAUUGGAUGGAGAACUGCAGGAAUUACUGUCUGUCGUCUAGUAGACUCUGAGGGACAGAGGGCCAUUUUGGCUUUACAGGCCUCAUGGCAUGUCACACCAGUGUAUCUGUGGUGACUAGAAGUUACAUCUUCAGAAGUUACUUUUUUCUGUUGAACAAGCAGUGUUUGGGGGCCAAAAUGGCCCCUAUGAAGUCAAUUUGUGGCUGAAGAACUGGGUGUAGGAAUGCUGCUUUUUUAAAUGGAUCCAGGGGCCAAGAGGAUGCCACAAGGCUCACCUGGGUCACAAAAUCCCCCUCCCCUUUCAUCUAUUUCCUUUGCCCACAGGCAAAGAUGCAUUUAAAAUUAUGUUUAAAGCCUAAUCUAGUCAUGUUCUUGAUACAACAUAUUUUCUUAACAACCCUGGAUGAUUUCCACUAUAUAGGCAUACUUUUUCCUCCCCUCAUUGGUCCAAAAUACACUGCAGAAAUAAUCCAGUCUGACAUGGCUUUAAUUGCCCUGGCUCAGUGCUAGAGAAUUGUGGUAAUUGUAGUUUUGUGUAGUCAGAGAACUCUGGUGCCACAAUACAUUACAAUUCCCAGGAUCCCCAAACACUCAGCCAGGGCAGUUAAAGCAAUCUCAAACUGGAUUAUUUCUGCAGUGUGUUUUGGACCAUUGGUCACAAUCCUUAUCCACCCCAAAUGUCUUGGGAUUGUUGUUUCUGGGGAUGAUACAUGGAGGCUUGCAAAGUAGCCAGUUUAUGUUGUUGCAUGAGGGAUUACUUGCAGGAGGUUGAGUGAGAGUGAGUGAAUGUUUUGGUGCCUGUGAGAUCUGUAGAUAUGAUAAUAGAAGGGUUUUUACUUUCAACUAUAUUUAUUCCCUUGUGAUGAUCCUCAUAUGCUAAAGGCAGUACUGGAUUGCGGCUUCCAUGUGAGUGGAGUCUGGUCUAUAAAAGAGUAAUCUUUUAGUAUUGUAUUUCCCAAAUAGUUUCCGAACCAUGGAGAGUUCCUUUAAAGUUCAGACCAUAACCCAGCUCCGAUUCACUGUUUCCCUCACCUCCUGGUUUGGAAGUCAUCCACUGCUGACUUAGUUUACUUAGAGUGUAUCUACACUGUAGAAAUAAAACAGAUUAACACCACCUUAACUGCUCUGGCUCCAUGCUAUAGAAUCCUGGGAUUUGUAGUUUGGUGAGGCACCAGCACCGUUUGGCAAUGAGGGCUAAAGACGAUGUAAAACUACAAAUCUCAGGAUUCCAUAGGACAGAACUACAGCACUUAAAGCAGUGUCAAAAUGCAUUAUUUCUACACUACAGAUGCCCCCCCCCCCAAGUUUUCAGGACCUGGCUUCUUGCACUUUUUCAAAAUACUGUACUUUGAAUUUGAAACUUAUGGCCUAAUGCAUUUGCAUCCAGUAUUUUGAUGCCUUGACAAGUAUAAUGGAAACAAAUCUGAAAACCACAUUUUAAGCUGGUGACAUUGCUGGGGUCUGUGCAAGCAGUCUAGUAUUUGGUGUCCAGAAAUCAGUGGGGCUUACCUGUAAAAAGCAGUCAUUCCAGUCAGUGAUGUGUGUCCAAGGAAUGAAGGGGCAGUGGGGCAAGAAUGGGCCCGGGGGAGAUUCAAUCAAAUUAAAAUAACUCCAGUAACUUUGGCAGAUAAA